CAAAGUGUCGCAGAGUCGCCAGCCGCCCAGGAGCGCGCUGUCCGCCCAGCCCCUGAGGCUCCGGAUCCACCGAGGCCAUGGCCAGCGAGGAGCUGGCGAGCAAGCUGCAGCGGCGACUGCAGUGGGAGGAAGGGGAUAGAGGGCUCCAGCCCGCGCCCGGAGCCGCCCCAGACCCCGAGCCCCAGCCCCAGUCGCAGCCGCCCGCCUGGGCGCCCACCGCCAGAGCCGACGCCGAGCUGAGCGCCCAGCUGAACCGACGGCUGGACAUCAACGAGGGCGCGGCGCGGCCCCGCCGCUGCAAGGUCUUCCACCCCUACUCGGAAUUCCCGGAGUUCAGCCGCCGCCUCAUCAAGGACCUGGAGAGCAUGUUCAAACUGUAUGACGCUGGAAGGGAUGGCUUCAUUGACCUGAUGGAGCUGAAGCUGAUGAUGGAGAAGCUGGGGGCCCCCCAGACCCACCUGGGCCUGAAGAGCAUGAUCAAGGAGGUGGACGAGGACUUUGAUGGCAAACUCAGCUUCCGUGAGUUCCUGCUCAUAUUCCACAAGGCUGCCGCGGGAGAACUGCAGGAGGACAGCGGGCUGAUGGCACUGGCGAAGCUUUCUGAGAUCGAUGUUGCCCUGGAGGGCGUCAAAGGUGCCAAGGACUUCUUUGAAGCCAAGGUCCAAGCCUUGUCCUGUGCCAGUAAGUUUGAAGCGGAGCUAAAAGCAGAGCAAGAUGAGCGGAAGCGGGAGGAAGAGAAGAGGAAGGUCCGCCAAGCAGCCUUCCAGGAGCUCAAGGCCGCUUUCAGUGCUUAGUGGGGCUGACCCUGACCUCUGAGCACCGCUGUGCCUCACAGAUGCUCCGGGGAGAGCUGGCCAGGCACCCUCACCCAUGCUGACCCUUCGCCCCAACCAGCCUCCACACCCAGCACCCAGUGCACACUCCUUGGCCUCGUGGGGUGGCGGGGGCGGCUCUCAUAUCCAUUUGGGAACCCCUUGCAGAAGGUCCCACUGCCCCCUCGAGUCUCUCUCCUGCGUGCCUUCCUCCACCCUUCUCUGUAGCCUGAACGUGCCUCCACUUGGCAACCUCUGCUUGUUCCUGUCUCUUUCCCCCUCCCCAACAAAGAGUGGUCUGCUGUGUUAAUUUGUGCAGAUACUGCUUUCCUUGAUGGUCCUCAGAGGAGAGAGUCGCGGGAGGCCAGUGAUGUCAACAACAUCCAUUUCCCUGGGUCAUCCUUUUCUGUGUCUCUCCUUAUUCUUUCCCAUCCAGCCUCCUUGUUCUCAUUCUUCGCCUGAUCCUGCCAGAUGCUCCUGCAUCUUCUGUCCUUUGGUGAUGGUGAGGUUUAAGGCAGGCCAGGCUGGACCACAGCCUGGUCCCUGUCCAACAGUGGGCCACAGCAUGCUGCUGAGGGUGACAGGAAAGAGUGAAGAGACGGGGGAUUCUGGUCCUCCCCAUCGCCUUUCUCCUGUCCUUAGCGUUCCUCUUAGGUUCCUCCCUUCUCCUUCCCCUCUGCACUUCUCAGCCUUUCCCCCUUCUCCUAAAUACUGUGCUACUUAACCAUAAGAAUGACAGAAUGGUUAUAAAUAAUAUUAAUGAGUAGAAGAAUUCUUAUUAAUUCUGACUCGAUGCAAAUUAUAUUACAGUAGACCCUUGCCGUCACCGAGUAACAAAUCCAGAGUCUUUCAGAAUAUGAAAAGUUAUGACCAUCUUCACCAUCUAGCCAGUUCCCAACAUCUGCUCUAAGGUGUUCAAAAUGAAGCUGUUCUUCAGCACAAAUUUGUACAUGUUAUGAGUUCUUGGGAUUGCUCCCAGAUAUCAGGGGUUUGUUGUACUUGAUAAAAUAAUUUCUAAGGUCAUAUUUAUUUCUUCCCCUUUUUAACUGCUGUCUUUACAAUGAAGAAAACGUCUGCAUUUUUACCUUACAGCUAUUCUUUUUAAAUAAACGGUGCAAGUGGGCUUAGCCAUCACA